AAAUACCAUUAAAGUUUUACAUCACAAGUUUCCAAUUAAAAUAGUUUUACGCGUUACAAUCCGAUCGUCGCCAAAAUAUUCGCCCGUCCACCGCGGCAGCGACAGUGCCGAAACGUCCGCCGCCCUCUUACAACCGUCAGAAAUCCAGCCGGAAGAAACAACCCGAAUCGAAAAACGGUCCAACAAGAUUGAGGUUAAAACGUCGACCAGUCGACCGGUGCACGGUGUCGGAGGCACGCACGCCGUCCGACAAAAACGCCCCGUUUUUUCAGCGAAGCGACGCCGACCGACCUGAACGUGGGAUUCAGGAAAAAGGGCGAAAAAAAUCGCGGCGUACGGCAAAAACGGCGACGCAUGCGCACGCCGUGGCGGCACCCGAAAUUCGCGAUCUAGAGUUGUUUUUGUUUUCGGUUCGGGCGAAUUUGUUUCCGGUGCGCGUUUUGUUUACGACAAACAUUUAGUUACAUCAAAACUUUUUGACUGACGAGCGACGUCAAAAAGUGUAACGCACAUAACCAGAAACAGUCUCGUCGGUCGUGGAACGGACGGAAAUUCAAUCGGACGCUUUGCCCACAUUGAAUGCCAGAUAUUGUUUAUAAUAUUUUAGAAGUGAUUUGGCUGAUCGUCGGUUAUAUAUGUUUUAGCGUUGACGUUUACAGAUAAUGUUCAACACACAGUUGGGGCAGUUCAACUUUGCUAAUCCACAGAGGAAGAACAAGGACGAUAAAAUGACGGACAACAAUAGUAAAACGGACACGAACAACGGCUCGGGCGAUAGCGGUUCAACAUUCGACAAGACCAAGCUGAUUGUCAACUACAUACCGCAGUAUGCGAUGGAGGAGGACCUGGCCCAGAUAUUCACCCCCAUCGGACGGGUGGAGAACAUUAAGAUAAUGCGUGACUUCAAAACCGGCUACAGCUACGGUUUCGGAUUUGUUAAAUACUACAAUGCGGAGGAUGCUGCCAAAGCGAUACAGCUGAUAAAUGGGAUGACUUUCAGGAACAAGAGGCUGAAAGUGUCCUACUCAAGGCCCCCAGGCACUGACAUGAAAGACUCCAAUCUGUACAUCACGAACCUGCCCAAGGAUGUCACCGAACAGGAUGUGGACAAGUUGUUCAGGGAGUUUGGGGAGAUUGUCCAAAGGACUGUUCUUAAAGAUAAAGUCACCGGGCUUCCCAGGGGUGUUGCAUUUGUCAGAUUCUCUAAAGGCGAGGAGGCGCAGGCGGCGAUCUCGCACCUCGACGGCAAACAGCUCGACAACGCCAUGCUGCCGCUCAGCGUGCGGGUGGCCGAGGACCACGGCCGCCAAAAGGCGCAGUACAUGGACAUGUGGAACCCGAUCAUGUACAGGGCAUAUCUAGACUAUGUACACGAGUGUUUGACAUACGAACACGAGCGGGCGCUCGAGUUCGCCGCCCUCAGUCGAAAAUUUCGUGGUGGCGACGCACACCACCACCACCACCACCACCAACAACAACAACAACACCCACAACACGUUGUACCACCGUCGAAUCAUGGCUCGUCGUCAGGUUUCGCACCGAUGCGCGGCGCCGGUGGAGCGGGCGCAGGCGCCGGCGGGGCCCCGCCCUUCCGCGAGCUGGGCAUGCGCAGCGCGGGCGGCGGACGUUACGGCGGCGUCGGCGGCAGGUUCGGCGGCGGAGCGGGCGGAGGCGGUGGAGGCGGCGGCAUAGGGAGCCCGGGCGGCAUGAGGAACAACAUCGGGGCGGGCGACAGCUUCUUCCCCAAUCCGUUCUACUACUGAGGCGAGACGUCCCGAUUGGGUGCGGCGCGGCGGCGGCGUUGCGGACGGGCGACCAGGUGUUUUAUGAUCUUGACGGCUGAUGUUUUUGUUUGUUUUUCGAUGUCGCGCGGGCAGGCCCGGACGGCGAUGAUGUUGCCAACGGACGGAUGUGUUUUUAACGUAUUUCGAUUCAUAUUGGCGUAGGAGCGUUGUUUUUAAAUAAUUUUUUAUCAUUUUGUUUGUACAUCAGUUCCCGUUGUUGCGUUGAAUUGGUUGACGGGUCCGCGUUAUUAUGAUGUUUUGUUGUCGUUUUUGCGAUGGUCGCCCAUUCGGAUCGUUCCGUGCGUCGGACUUGAAUGAUUUUAUGUUUUUAUUGAUUGAAUUUGCGAAAGACUGUUUUUGUUUGUUUUAAACAAUUCUGUUUAUAUAUAUACACAUAUAUAAUCAUAUUAUACAAUAUUUUUAGUAUAUUGUAAGAUAAAUAUCUAUUUAUUUUUACUUAUUACAGAAUUAUAUUUAUUGUUUAAUUAUAAAGUAUUGUAAGAAAAGAAUUAACAU